GGUCAGGCCACCUCUCUUUUCAUUUCUCUUUUUUCUCUCUCUCUCUCAUUCUUGUUUUCCCAUUUCAUCUUUGAUGUUUCCUCUCUUCUUCUUUUCUUCAUUCAGUUCUUGUUAAGAGGUGGUAACCUUAGAUCUGUUGCUUCAUCUGGUGCAGUUUUGCAGGUCUGCUUAGCUGUAGUUUGAGGCCCUGCUUGCACUACUACAAUCUCAAAUUCUUUUGGAGAUUGUGAAUUGAGUAUAGACCUAAUGCAAGGGCAACGGAGUACCAUCGGUUCCCUGCCAGAAACUUUGAGUUUCAAUCAUGGUUCAACAUCGAGUGAUGGCAGUAUAGAUCAACAGAUUUGUUGGAAUAAUUUGCGGAAUCCUGCACAAAGUCGGCUACCAGAUUAUAUGGUACCUUCUAAUGAGACAAACAUACAAUUUCUUAGUCCUGUAAACCAAGAAAGACAGAAUAUAAUUAGCUGGAAUUUAGGAGAAUCCAGCUCCUCCGGUACACAAAAUAAUGUUAGUCGGAGCGAACGUAAAACAGAUCAUGGAUGGUCAUCUGCAAUUAGUGCCGGUCCUGGGCCUUCUCACCUCUCUGCUGAACAGCAAUAUGUGUCUACCAACAUUCUUUCAUUGAGUGAUGUUGAAGUAAAUUUGAACAACCAGAUAGCUAACCACACUUUGUUUUCUCAAGGCUCUACUUCUAGCACUGUUCCUCAUGAUCUAAAUAGAAGUUCUGGACUUGAGGGGAAUGAUGACGAUGAAGAUGAAGAUGAUGAUGAUGACUGCCAAGUGAUGGAGUGCACCCCAGCAUUCACAUCUAAUGCACCAGGAAAAGAACGGAUGUCAACCGUGAAUACUUCUUCCAACCCUUUUGCUGGGCCUUCUGCUACUAGUGGAUUUCUGAUGGAUGAAAUUGAUGGCAGGCCAGGCUGUUCAUUGGAUGGUCGAAGAAUGGCUUGUAAGAGAAAAGCACUUGAAGGACAUCUAGGGCAAUCUUCAGGAAGCGGAAGUUCAAAUUAUCUUCCAUGCGCAGAAAACAGCUUAUGGCGUUCACUACCUACUCCAAAUAAUAUGACUAUAGGUGCGAGUAUCCCUCCACCAACAGAAAGUAGCAGAAACAUCAAUUUGUCGGAGCAGGUGAAUCCAAGACUUGGGCUCACCGUGGGUGGAGCUACUACGGAAAGUCCUGUUGCAUUGCCUGCUUCAAGAAGUGCAGAAAGUUUCAGAAGAAAUUUCAGGCUGAGGAUCAAUGGCUCUCAUCAGCAAGCUUCUAUUCCUACUAAUCUGUUUCGUACUGCGGGUAAUGAUGGAAAUGUUAGCAUGCCAUCUGAACGGGAUUCAUCGAGGCUGCUUCGUAAUGAAUCCUUGGAUUUGAGGUCUGUGUCUGCUGCAGAUAAUGGAAUUCCUCGAGGCCAGCCUGUAGCGGUGCAGGUUCCGUCUCUGCGGCGAAGUGCACAGAGGUGGGAUUUAUCAUCAAGCUCAAGAGCUGGCAGUUCAUCAAGUUUUUCUGUUUUUGGGGAGAGAGAUUCUGCAGCAUAUGAAGAACCAAGCUCAAGAAGUGUUCCCAGGAACAUUUCACAGCAUCCAAUGUUCAUACCCGCUACUGACUUGAGAAAUUUGAACCAAAAUCCUGCCAACUGGAGUUUGACUGGAGGAAAUAUUGCUGUUGCUGGAAAUGUUGCAUCUACUUCUCGAGGUAGUCCCAGCUCAGGAGCUCCUUCCGCUUCCCCUAGUUGGGUGCAACACAGAAAUCCUUCUCAACAUCCCAGGAGACUCUCAGAAUAUGUUCGUAGAUCUUUGUUGUCUUCAGCUGGCAGUGAACCUGGAGGUCAGAAUGGUAACACCCCACCACCUUUGGGUUCUGCUGCCUCACAGGAGAUGGCACUUUCUGGUCGUCAUGGGCAUCGUCCGUCAAGUUCAAGGUCGGCCUUGAUGUUGGAGAGACAACUCGAUGGCGCUGUUGGAGUUCCAUAUUCUUGGAGGUCUUUGGCUGCUGCCAGUGAAGGAAGGAGCAGGCUUGUUUCCGAGAUUCGCAAUGUAUUGGAUCUUAUGCGCAGGGGAGAGGCCUUAAGAUUCGAGGAUGUUAUGAUCCUCGAUCAGUCGGUCUUCUUCGGAAUGGCGGAUAUUCAUGAUCGCCAUCGGGAUAUGCGGCUUGAUGUUGAUAACAUGUCAUAUGAGGAAUUACUUGCACUGGAGGAGCGCAUUGGGAACGUCUGCACUGGGCUUAGUGAAGAAACCAUUUUGAAUCGUCUGAAGCAACGCAAGUAUGUAUGCAUUAAAACAGAAGAACCCGUGGAUGCUGAGCCAUGCUGUGUUUGUCAGGAAGAAUAUAAGGAUGGUGAGGAUCUUGGGAAACUGGAUUGCGGCCAUGAUUUUCAUACCGGCUGCAUUAAACAGUGGCUCAUGCAGAAGAAUUUGUGCCCGAUUUGCAAAACAACAGGGCUGAAAACCUGAGGAAAGCGUUGAGCAGUUUUCUUGUGUCAAAAAGUUGGAUGUAUCGGUUGGGCUAUCUAAGGUUGGCACACUAAGUGGGUCUCCUCCUUUGGUCCAGGAUUUAUUUGAGAAAGAUCUGUGUAUUUUUCUCAAUAAUUUUAUUGUGAUCUCCGUUUGGAGGAGUUAUUUUAGAGCUAGAAACACUAGCAACGUUAGGGAUUCAUUAGGCAAGAGUUACAUUAUUUGGUUACUCCAUUUGGAGAUUUACAUUCAACCUUUCCAAUUUAUUGAUACCUUUAAAUAUACUUGGUUCAUUUUCUGCCU